UGGCAACACUGGAGAGCAGGGGUGUGGGUGAUAAAGAGCGGAGCUUAAAACCCCAGCAUCCCUUCAUCAGCAUCUCUGUUAGCGGCCAGAGAUUGAAUGGCACCUGCUGAGAGUACUUUGGUGGACCAGAACAGGACAUUGGCUAUAGAUUGAGUAUCUUGUUAAACCAUCAUCAACAACAGAGGUCAUCAUGGGGUCAAGUUCUUCAUCCUAUGCUCCCAAAACUAUUUAUCUGGAUGUGGAUGGAAAAGUGCAAAGAGUGAUUUUCAGUCGGCAUUGUAGCCCGUGUGAUAUCAAGGAGCUUCUUUGUUCAUCAUCCAAUAUUGCCAGAACCACAGCUAUUCUUUUAAUAGACAAAGAAGGAGCAUUAAUAUCUAUUGAUCCCACCAUGCCUGUAAACAAUCCCAACAACUUGUAUAAAGUUGUACCCCAUUCCACGAACCAGGGAGGAGAAAAAGAAGACAUGUUCCAGAACGUACUGUCGCAAGUGGCCGAGCAGUUCAGCAGGGCCUUUAGAGUUAAUGAGCUAAAGACUGAAGUGACCGACAGACUGGCCAUGCUGGAAAAGAAAGUUGAAUUGGAAGGACUGAAAGUGGUGGAAAUUGAGAAGUGCAAGAACGAUCUGAAGAAACUAAGGGAUGAAAUGACCUCUAGAGGAGGAGUGAGAGUGAACUGCAACUGCAAAUACAACUUUACAGAUGAUGGAAAGAAACUCUCUCCCAGACGAGACGUACCAAACUAUCCAAAGUACACACUUUCUCAGGAGACCAUAGAAACUUUAAAGAAGCCCACCUUUGAUGUGUGGCAUUGGGAACAUAAUGAGAUGCUUAGCUGUUUGGAGUAUAUGUAUCAUGACCUUGGACUGGUUAAGGAGUUCAACAUGAACCCAAUAACUCUUAAGAGAUGGCUGCUGGCAAUUCAAGAAAAUUAUCGCGACAAUCCCUUCCACAACUUCCGCCAUUGCUUUUGUGUGAGCCAGAUGAUGUACGGUAUGCUCCAUUUGUGUAACCUUCAGGAGAGGCUGACUAUGACAGACAUGUGUAUUUUGAUGACUGCAGCAGUGUGCCACGAUCUGGACCACCCGGGAUACAACAACACGUAUCAGAUUAAUGCUCGUACUGAGCUGGCUGUACGCUAUAAUGACAUCUCCCCACUGGAGAACCAUCAUUGUGCUGUGGCCUUCCAGAUCCUCUCCAUGCCUGAAUGCAACAUAUUUGCCAAUGUAGAGCCGGACUCCUUCAAACAGAUACGACAGGCAAUCAUUACUCUCAUUCUGGCGACCGAUAUGGUCAGGCAUGGAGAGAUACUGGAAGCCUUCAAACAGAAAGUGGACAACUUUGACUUCACCAACGAAGAGCAUGUCAAAUGUCUAAAGAUGGUUAUGAUCAAGUGCUGUGACAUCUCCAAUGAAGUCAGACCUACUGAGGUGGCAGAACCAUGGGUGGACUGUCUACUGGAGGAGUACUUUAUGCAGAGCGACAGAGAGAAGUCAGAAGGUCUUCCCGUGGCUCCUUUUAUGGAUCGUGACAAAGUUACUAAGCCAACGGCACAAAUUGGCUUCAUUAAAUUUGUCCUCAUCCCAAUGUUUGAGACUGUCAUGAAGCUUUUUCCUCAGAUUGAGGAGAUCAUGGUUCAGCCCUUGAGGGACUCGCGUGAUCAUUACGAAGAACUGAAACAAAUAGAUGAUGCCAUGUCAGAGGCACAGAAGAAGAAAACAGAGAGCAUGUCUUUGGGUGGAAAGAAGAAAUAAACCAUUUCUGCAUCUUUUAUGGGAUCUAAGGCUAAUCCAACUUCCAGUUUCCUAAAACUGAGGACUUGAAUUGUUUGGGUUCUCCAAGCAUUCUAUUUAUGAAGGCGAGUGUUGGACCCCUUCCAAGGACAAGGCGAAUACUUUGUUUAUUUUGCUGGUGUAAUUAUUCUUCACUUGUAUAUUGGAAUGAAGGAUUGACUACAAUUUUGAAAAUGAGCUUUGAAAAUGUAUAGCUCGAGGAUGUUGUUCAAUACAUGGCGUUAUUUAAAACAUUUUAGUUUUUUUUGUUGACAUUUUUAUCUUUGGAAUUGUGAAUUUCAGAGGAGCUUAAUUAACCAACGUACGGUUUACUGUAUACUAAAAACUGUAUUUGCAUACAGCAGUUAUACUGGAGAUAGAAAGGUGUUUAACCAUUCUUAAAGGAAUAGUCAGUUUUCUUAAAAGAAAAAUCCAGAUAAUUUACUCACCAC